ACCCGGACCCGGACCCGGACCCUCCGCCGAGCACAGGGACCCCUCGGCCUCCGCACGCAGCAGCCCCAGACCCGAACCCUGAUCCGCGAUCCGUGAUCCGGAUCCGGAUCCGCCCCCGGCCCGGACCGCGGAGCGAUGCGCCGGCUCGGUGCGGGAGGAGGACACGAAGCGGCCGGGCAGCAGCGCACACCUGACCGCAGCGUCUGACUCGGUUUUCCCCUCAGAAAAGCCUCACAGUCAGCUGCCUGGGCGGGGGAGUGGCUCCGAGCCCAGCCGCCGCCCUCCAGCCAGUCGCUCGCUCGGCGUGGGGAGUGUGGAUGCUCAGCUGCUCUGGAUGCCUCGUGCCUCCCGCCGGAUCUCGCCCCCGUUCAAUCAGCUGAGGAGCCGUCCGGAGGUUCACUGCGGCCGGCACUAUGACUGAUGGAGAUUACGACUACCUGAUAAAGCUCCUGGCCCUGGGGGACUCCGGCGUGGGGAAGACCACCUUCCUGUACCGAUACACCGACAACAAGUUCAACCCCAAGUUCAUCACCACAGUGGGCAUCGACUUCAGGGAAAAGAGAGUGGUCUACACGGCGUCCAACCCCAACGGGACGACCACGGGGAAGACCUUCAAGGUCCACCUGCAGCUCUGGGACACAGCCGGACAGGAAAGGUUCCGCAGCCUGACGACGGCGUUCUUCAGGGACGCCAUGGGCUUCCUGCUGAUGUUCGACCUCACCAGCCAGCAGAGCUUCCUCAACGUCCGCAACUGGAUGAGCCAGCUCCAGGCCAACGCCUACUGUGAGAACCCGGACAUCGUCCUGGUCGGGAACAAGGCGGACCUGGCCGACCAGAGGGAGGUUCAGGAGAAACAGGCCAAGGAGCUGGCCGACAAAUACGGGAUCCCGUACUUCGAGACCAGCGCGGCGACGGGGGCGGAGGUGGACAAGGCCGUGAUCACGCUGCUGGACCUGGUGAUGAAGAGGAUGGAGCAGUGCGUGGACAAGCCGCCCGCCGAGCCCGCCAACGGCAACGGCGCCGCCAAGCUGGGCGACGCGCCGCCCAACGAGAAGAAGUGUGCGUGUUAGGACUCCUCCUCCUCCUCCUCCUCCUCCGCCCUGCUCCGUCAGCUCCACAGCACGUCUUCAUCCUCUCCUCCUCCUCCUCCUCCUCCUCCUCCUGCAGCUGUCUGCCUCUCUGACAGUGAAGCGUCUCUGUCUCCCUCUGGUGGCCAUGCGUGGUACCGCAGCGUGUCAGGAAACAAUGUGCCUCAGUGAGAGCAGCAGCCUGGGAGUUCAGCUCGUUGGGUUUCAGCUGGAUGGGUUUCAUUCCGGGCUGUGUGUCUGUGGAAGUCAAGCUGCGGUCCGUCCCCGAAGGAGGGGACGAGGAUGACAUUUAACCUUUUCUUUUCUGUCUUUGUUUUGCUACAUUAUCCUCUGUUUCCCACAAUGCACCUGCAUCCGCCAAGUUGGAUCUAUCUCUCGUCUUCAGACUGGUUCAGUUCAUUCACAGACGGUUGAUAGUCAUAAAAAUAAAGUGCCAACAAGUAGCUUCAAGUGUUCCUGGACUCCAGAUCACCAGAUCGGUCCAGUUUUUGACACAAGAUGCAAACAGCUCUGUGGCGUCUUUUCUUUCACCAACAUAGGCAAAAGUAGAAAAUUCAGUUUUUUGCGGAGUUUGUUCUAAACCGAAUGUUUCUGAAAACGUCACUCUCUGAAUCACGUUAAAAGUCAGCAGCAUGCUAAUAUUGACUCUGUUUUUCUGAGUGUUUUUGAACAGUUUACGAUGUUUGGGUAGCUUCAGUGAGGAGGAAGUGGGAAUCCCGCCACAGCUCCAGGCCGUCGCUUUACGUGCCAACGCUUCUUCUCGUCCUUCGCUUUUGGAGACGAACGUUUGCAGAGAACUGCCAUGUGACUGUUUUGUACGUCCUGACGUUCUGUGUUCAGCAUGGGAGAUUUUACGGCUCAGCUAAGCUCAACACACUGAGCUCAGUUGGAAAUGGUUGGUCUCGUCUGGUAAUACCGGAUUUUACCACAAGAUGGUGCUUUUAGCCACGAGCUAACUUCUUCCACUGAUAAUGAUAAAAACAAAAGAGAUUUACAGAAUGAAAAAUACUUCCUGUCGUCUAAAGAGAAGAAACAUGGCUUAAAUCAGGAGUUUUUGGGUUUAAUUCACGUUCUGAUCCCCAAAAAAUUCCAAGUGUGAGUCACGUUCCGGAGAGAGGUGUUUCUUAAAAUAGAGUCGGUUCUUUUGUGUUGAAUUCUUCACUCCACCGUUAUUCCAGCGCCCUUCAGUGUACGACUUGCUGUUGUUUAUUGGCUUUAGCAUUUUCAACGUCAAUGGUCCAGGAAAACCAACAAUUGGAAAAAAACCUAACUUCGGUAUUCAGAAUACACAGAUUAGUGUUAAAGCACAGUGGGUCAGCAGUUUUGCCUCAAAGCUGAAUGAGAUAAAAACUUUUUUUUUCUUCAGUGUUCUGGUGCUUUAAGUGAGGCUGUGGUCAUACCAGUGUUGACCACCGGGCGGUGGUGAGUCACUGAAGCUUCUUUUCAGCUCAUUCAUGGUUCACUUUAUUCCUUCCUGUUUAUCAUUAUCGUUGCAGCUAAUACUUCUCAAAUCAAAUGGAUAUCUUUUUUUUUUUUCUAAAUUGGCUCUAAUUAACAUUUUUAUUUUAUAGAAUCUUUACUGAAAGGUUAUUCAUUGACAGUGUGCAGUUUGUUGUUUUCCCCUCUCUCAAUACGUCUGUAUGAGUGUGAGGCUCAGUAUUAAGACGCAGCUUCGUGGCAUUAUGCUGCCGCCGCCAUGCCUCUGAACACUGGUAUUAUUGAGUCUGAUGGACUCCAGCGGUGGAGCGAUGGAGGCAGCCCUGCUCGGUGCCUCGCUUCUCUUUCAUUGUGGCGGUCUAGAGAUAUUUUCUUUCCGUGCAGUCCGGUCUCUCUGAUCGUGAAAAAAGCUGCACAGCACUGCUAAGGACCACAGGACUUCCCUUUGUUUUUGAAACAGUAUUUUGUUUAAUUAAUAAAUAAAAUCAAUUAUAGACUUUUGUCAGAAAAAUACAAUCAAGAGUGCAGAAAUUGAAAGUCUUUCUAUUUCCACCUGUGGUCGCCAAGCUUUUCUCCAUGAAACCCUCCCAGAUCCCCAUCUGAACCAUUCCGGAUCCCUUUCAGAACCUAUUGAGAUCCCCUUCAGAACUUUCCAAGAUCCCCUUUAAAACCCUUUAACAUCUUCUUCAGAUCCCUCCCAGACCCCACAAUCCUGGGUGAUCUGUCCUCCUGCCGUCUCCUCGGUGCCAUAAACCCAUCCCGCUGUCCUUCCAUCACUACGUUCCUGAACCUUCCUGUUCUUCUUGUGGAUCUUCAGUUCUUGGGGUUGGUUCCCCUGACGAAUCUUUGAGCUCAGACGUUUCAUAAACUGGUCUUUCGGCUCGGAGUCGUUCUGCCAGAACGAAACAAUCCAGCUGCUCGUUCAGUCUCACUUGGACCAAACAGAGAGUAAAUACGCCGUAAAACCAAAACUUUGAGCUACGACACUCUAAAAAAAAGCUUUUCUUCAUUAUGUCUUUAUUUUAAAGCUCAUGACACGGAAUCGUCCUGAUCAGAAUUAUUCCUAAAGAUCACAAAGAGCAGUAACUUUAUUAUUCUAUAUUUGAAAUAUAGUGUGUACAGGAUGAUAUUUGUAACUUUUUCUUGGUUAUUGAGGUGUUUUUGUUGAAGAUUUCGGUUGAAAUGGAUCAAAACGUCUUGAGUGAUGUUGCCCAGUGGCUCCUGAACCUGGUCCUGGACUCCUCCACUCCUUAGAGACCCUCCAGGAUUCAGAAGAUCCGGUUUCCUGGACUCCCAGAGCAGCGGCCGGCCCAUCAGGCGCCGUGACGCCGGACCGUCUGGUGGAUCCGGCCUCCCGUCUCACGCCGACCAUCGUCUUUCCGUUGACUUCGUAGCGCAUGUUUGUGCCUUUUCGCUUCACUCGGGUCUCCGGUCUGGAGACUCCCCCUCAGACUCUGAGUGUCGUUUUCACUGAAAGUUUACACCGUUUGCAGUCAUGUUGUGCCUGUUUCUAAAAAAAACAAAGAAAAAAACCCUCUUCUGUCUGAUCCUCUGUAAAGUUUGUGAGCUACUGAGUAUUUUAUUGCAUUAUUGAUUAUAGAUUACACAGCAGAGACGUCCCCUCGUUGUGUCGGUAUAUUCUGGAGACGCCCAAUCAAUCCGAGUACCUCGAAGAGCUUUUAUUUUUGGAAAUCCUCUCUGAUGCCUGCGGUGGGUGUGCACUCGUUCCUUCAGUUCUCUGUGUGUAUCGAUGCCUGUGUGUUUGUUGCAUGUUUGACACCCUGAGAAUGGAAUGACAUGUGAUGCAUUCAGUGUUUCCGAUGCCAGAGCUGCAAAUAAAUUUGUUGGUUUUA